AUGGCUAUGGACCAGAGAGCCGCCAUGGCAUUGUUGGCGUUUGCUUUCCUCUCGUCGGUAUGGCUCGUCUCCAGACUGUUUACCGGAAAAUCCGACUUGCCAUUGAUGGGCAGUGAGCAUGGCAGUUCGGAAAAGCGCCGAAAGGCGUAUCUGGCAUCUGCGGGCGCAAUUUACAGAAAGGGACUCGACAUGUUCAGGGACAAGCCGUACCGGCUAGAGACAGCCGACGGUGAGCGCAUCGUGGUGCCCAUGUCGGCCAUGGACGAGCUUCGACGCCUACCUGACGAUCACCUGAGCAUGAUGGACUCCGUGAAAGAGGUACCGGGCCACCAGAGCACCGAGACGAGAUACACCGGCAUGACGGAUGUUGCCGACCUGCAAUUCCUGGCCCAUGUUCUCCGGGCAGACCUUACGCCAAAUCUCGCCCGCAUGAACCUGAGACUGGCGGAGGAGGUUUCACGGACAGUGGAUGAGACCAUCGGAGCAUGCGAGGACUGGACGUCUCAGCUCAUGUACAGGCAGCUCCUCCGAAUCGUCGCCAUCGCGUCGGGCAACACGUUCCUCGGGCCCGAGCUGUGCCGCCGCGACGAGUACGUCCGCUCCAGCAUCAGCUACACGGUCGACGUGUUCAAGGCGAUCGCGCAGAUCAAGAAGUGGCCCAAGUACCUCCGGUUCGUCGGCCGGUACUUCACGCCGGAGCUCAAGACGAUUGCGGUGCACCGCCGCAACGCCGAGGAGUUCUUGCUCCCCGUGAUUCGGCAGCGGCGAGCCCGGAUGGCCAAGGGGGAGGAGAUCCCCGACGAUUUGCUGCAGUGGAUGACGAAAAAGGCCAAGGAGCGCGGCUUCACCGACGUCAUGCUGGCCGACGCGCAGUUGACUCUGAGUAUGACGGCCAUUCACACGACGACCAUGGCUAUCAUAGAUGCCAUGUGCGAGCUGGUAAUACGGCCGGAGCUUGUCAACGAGAUCAGGGACGAGGUUGCACGGGUCUUGAAAGAGCACGGCGGGGAGUUCACCGCCAACGCCCUCUUCGACAUGAAGUUGCUGGACAGUGUCAUACGAGAGUCUCAGAGACACAACGCCGAUGGUAAAAUUCGUUUCAACCGCAUCGUCCUCAAGCCCAUUGUCUUGAAGGACGGCACCAUGAUCCCCAAGGGUUACACCAUCGAAGCGCCGUAUGCCGCCUUUGUCAACGACGCCCGCAUCUACCCCGAGCCCGACACCUUCAACCCGUAUCGGUUCGUGGACCUUCGCGAGGGCAAGGCGGCCGACCCGAUCGGGUACAAGAGCACGGAGCAGUAUCAGUUUGUGACGGUCACCAAGGAGAACAUGGGGUUCGGGUACGGACGGCAUUCCUGCCCCGGCCGGUUCUUCGCCGCCAACGAGAUCAAAAUGAUCCUGGCCUACAUCAUGGUCCGCUACGACAUGAGGAUGCCGGGAGGCGGCAAGGAGAAACACCCCAACGUCGGGUCUGGCGCACGAUCGCGCAAAGACCCGGGGGCCAAGAUCGAGUUCAAGAAGCUUCCGACGCCUUUGUUCUAA